AUGAAAGUGCCUGGGUUGAAACUCAUAUGUCUUGCUUUCCUGUUUAUCCACACAAGAAUCCUGGUGUGUUAUGGCGCUCCAGACGAUGCUGUCGACGACUAUACGGACGAGACACCGGCUAAGCCACCGCCGCCUGAGAUGGACAAUUGUAAUGGUGUAUUCUUGAGCUACGCUUUCACGUCAAGGACUAAAGCAUUACCCCUCCUGAAAAACGUUUCAGCUCAGCCGUGGACGUUUAAAGCCAUGGCCACCGUUGUAAAUUCUGGGACGGAGGAGGUAAAAGGAUGGAAGAUGUAUAUUGGGUUUCAACAUAAAGAGAUAUUGGUGUCCGCAACCAACGCCGUCCUGGUUGACGGUGACGUGGAUUUCCCGGCGGCAGUUGGAAAUGGAACAACCUUAGCAGGGUACCCCAACGCAGACCUCAAGACAUCCAUUGACACUGCUGGGGAUUUUAAUCAAAUUGCCGUCCAGGUUGAGCUCAAGGGUUCCAUGUUCGGAUUAGGCGAGAAGGCCACUCCUAUGCCUAAGACCAUCAGCCUCAGAAACGAUGGCUGGAGAUGCCCCACGCCUACUAAAUAUAAAACCUACAUGCAUGCAUGUUGCAAAAGGGAUCCGAAAUUCAAACUGAAUUCCAAUAAAAAAAGCAAGUUCGCGGCUAGGCAAAAUGGAGACCUCACCUUCACGUACGAUGUUGUUAAAUCAUAUGAAGGCAGCUACGAGGCCCAAGUAACGAUGGACAACAGCAGCCCCAUCGGCAGGCUGGAUCGUUGGAACCUGACAUGGGAAUGGAUGAGAGGGGAAUUCAUUUACUCCAUGAAAGGAGCCUACACUCCCAGAUUUGAUAUCUCCGACUGCGUUUAUGGCUUAGCUGGUCGUUACCUCACGGGCUUCGAUUUCACUAAUGUCAUGAAUUGUGAAAAAAAGCCAACCAUUACUGAUUUGCCGCUUACUAAAGCAAAUGAUACCCAGAUUGGUAAGAUCCCUUAUUGUUGUAAAAAUGCAAGUCUGUUGCCACCACAAAUGGAUCCCAGCAGAGCCCGAGCCAUUUUCCAAUUAAGGGUGUAUAAAUUGCCCCCUGAUACCCCACCCACUAUUUUGUACCCACCACAAAGAUGGAAUAUUACCGGCGUCAUUAAUGCUCGCUACCACUGUGGGCCUCCGAUUAGAGUAGAUCCCUCUGAGUUCCCUAAUCCAAAGGGGUUCGAUGCUAAAGUAUAUGCCAUCGCAAGUUGGCAAGUUGUGUGCAACAUGACCAGAGCAGAGAAAAGGAAAACUAGGUGUUGUGUUUCCUUCUCAGCUUACUACAGCGAUGGUGCUAUUCCAUGCAGCACCUGUGCUUGCGGAUGCGACAAUAUCGACACCGAUAAAUGCAAUCCCGACAAGCCUGCGAUGCAUCUCCCACCCGAUGCACUCCUCCUUCCUUCCGAAAACAGGACUGCUAAAACUAAAGCCUUUGCUAAACUCAAGAAGAAAGGGAUUCCCAGGAAGUUGCCUUGCCCCGACAACUGUGGGGUCAGCAUCAACUGGCAUAUCAACACCGAUCACAAGGCCGGAUGGUCGGCUCGGAUGACGCUGUUCAAUUGGCAAGAAGCUCCAUUCGUGGACUGGUUCGUAGCCGUUGAAAUGAAAAAAGCAUACCCUGAUUACGACAAUGUGUUUUCCUUUAAUGGAACCAAGAAGCUCAAAGGCAUCAAGAACACCAUUUUCUUCCAAAGCUUGAAGGACUUGAAUUACCUGGUGGAAAUGAAAAAUGGGUCUAAACCGAGUGAUCCUAAAGUCCCUGGAAAACAGCAAUCGGUUAUUUCAUUCAUCAAGAAAAAGACGCCCAAUAUAAAAAUUCGAAAGGGCGAUGGGUUCCCUUCCAAGGUCUACUUCAAUGGCGAAGAAUGUGCACUUCCUCGUAGUUUCCCGAGUUCAGGGCACCGUUCUCCGCUUUCCAUUGCAAGUUUCAUCUUGAUAUCUAUUACCACCACUUUCUUGCUCAUCACAAACCGUUUCAUUUGAUCAUCAUUGCCUUUUCCUUUUUUGUUGGCUCGGAGUAUGUCAGCUUUGGUAAAGAUUAUUGAUAUGUAAGUAUCUGUAUUUUUGAAUAACUCUCCCCAGCCCCAUCAAAAUCAUUCAUCUUUUAUGACCGGAAAUUUGAUUUGACUUCUCGUCUUUGGGGGAGGGGGGGGGGGAAAGGAACAUGAAAAUGCUGAUGAACUGGACAUUAGAGGGUGGAUAUAUCUAAAGGAUGAAGAGCGAGAGCAGCGGGCUAACUUCAAAUUCAAGGCUUGUUCUACUAGAGUUAUAAGCAACUGUAACAAACUGUGGAAACAAAAUUUUAUGAUAAUUAUGACAAGGGUUCCAAUGUAGUAAUACUUUGGAGUAAACUUUUUGGUUUUUGCUUUCUUUUUAUGUAUGUAUUCUACUGCAAAAGAGUCAUAGGAUUCAGGUUCAGAUUUCAAUGAAUAAAGACAAAUUCCUUUUCUUUA